CCUUUCGAGGCGAGGUCGCGGUGCGUGGGAAAGUUGCAGGGCGCGGACUUGCCACGUCCGCUCGGAAGGGAGGGUCAUGAACUUGCCCGCGGCCGUCGUCCUGGAGCCAUCCACUGCAUCCUUAACUCUAUGAGGCCCGGGGUCCUUUCUCUGUUCUCGUCGGAGCUUUUUUCCCGCUCCAGCGACAUGAGGCUUUUCCUGUGCAGCUCGGUGCUGACGCUGCUGGUCUCGGCUCUGAGCGGGGCUCUGAUCCCCGAGCCAGAAGUGAAGGUGGAGGUGCUCCAGAAGCCCUUCACCUGCCACCGCAAGACCAAAGGCGGCGAUCUGAUGCUGCUCCACUACGAAGGCUACUUAGAAAAGGACGGCUCUUUAUUUCACUCCACUCACAAACAUAACAAUGGUCAGCCCAUCUGGUUCACCCUGGGCAUCCUGGAGGCGCUCAAAGGCUGGGACCAGGGCCUGAAGGGAAUGUGUGUCGGAGAGAAGCGAAAGCUGAUCAUUCCUCCUGCCCUGGGCUAUGGAAAAGAAGGGAAAGGUAAAAUACCCCCAGAGAGCACACUGAUAUUUAACAUCGACCUCCUGGAGAUCCGAAAUGGACCGAGGUCCCAUGAGUCAUUCCAAGAAAUGGACCUUAAUGACGACUGGAAGCUCUCCAAAGACGAGGUUAAAGUGUAUUUAAAGAAGGAGUUUGAGAAGCACGGUGCGGUGGUGAAUGAAAGUCAUCAUGAUGUUUUGGUGGAGGAUAUUUUUGAUAAAGAAGAUGAAGAUAAAGACGGAUUUAUAUCUGCCAGAGAAUUUACAUAUAAACACGACGAAUUAUAGAGAUACAUCCUCCCCCUUUGUGUAGCAUCCAUCCCCAAAGAGAGGGCAGCCGUCUUUAAAGAAAGUCUUAUUUUUUAACAUUGUUUUAUUCUGUUCUUGCUUUUUUAUUUUUAUAUAUUUUUCUGAAUGUUAUUUAAAGAACCCUUUAGGGUUUCUAAGUACCCAUUUCUUCCUGGUGAAUUACUGGGAAGAAAAAUGUAUGUCUUUGAAUAAGAAGAAUUCUGGACCAUUUUCUACUUUCACAUAUGAAGUCUUAUGGCUUACUUGUAAUUUUAAAAUAUUACAACUGGGACCACACCUAACAUAAGAGCACGUAUAGCACAAAUCAGCACCCUCUGCGUCUGCUUCCCUCUGUUCUAAGUUAGAUGGUGACAUUUGCAAAGCCUUUUGCAGUAGCCCAAAGCUUGCUCUUUUCAUGUUAUUGUGAAACAGUGUGUCUGUACCUGCCUUUGAGUCUCUGCUGAAGAAACAGGAAAAUGGUUGUUGAACUCUACUUGUUAACAGUUACUGCUUUACUGAGGAGAUGUGCAAUGAGGAGUGAUUAACAGAGUUAAUAACUUAUAAUAUCGAACAUUCUGCCUAGGACUUAAGCUAUAGUAUACGUUUUGUUCCUGAUUGCUACUGACUUACCAUGAUACAUAGAACAACUUAUUUAUAUGUUUGUUUCUUCUUAAAAAAAUGUGUCAAAAUAUUGUAGACGAGGUAGAAAGUUGUAUUUAGUCAGUGCUUACUUUUUAAGGCUAACAGAGUACCCUUCCUGGUUUUUUAAUUAAUAGUCUAUAACUAGUGUAUUUUGCUAUAAUAACAUUGUGUCAUGAUUAGUUAACCAGUCAAAAUUUCCCCAUUUCUGCUCCACAGCAACUGCUAUUAAAUAAGGUCUCUCCUGGGUCAAAAUUUCGAUAAUUUUAUUAUGUUUUCUUCAAUUGGCUUUUAUCCUUAAUAGUUUAAAGUGUCCAAAUCCCCAUUUGUUAAGAAUAGUCUUUUAUCAUUUACAGAGUGACCUCAAAUGUAUCAUUGACUUUCAUUCUCAUUGGUCUGAAGCCCAUGAAAAAAGCUGGAGGAUCUUAAUGUACCUGUUUUAUAGAUGAGGAAAUGGUCAUUCAAGGCGAUUGUUGUGACUAAGGUCAAAAGCUAACUUAACUGAACCAGAUUUCAGCCUCCAAGUUCAUUACCUUUCUACCGCCCUCUACUAUGGAAAAGUAAAAACGUUCUUUGCA